AGAUAUUAUUCUCUUUCGGUCAUUAUGGUUUUUGGUUUUUUCUUUUGAAAUCAAAGUAUCAAACGACCUAAAACCAAACUAGAUCUCUGAAAGAGAGAAGAGUCCGAAAGUUUUUAUACUAUAUUGUUUUUGUUUUUGUGGGUUUGGGUUUGUUCUUAGAUCAAAGCUUUUCUUGUCUUUUGGCAGAAUCAGAGAGUGAUCAGUUUUUGAAUACACCAAAGAUUAAUUUAUCUGCUUCUGUUUGGAGAAAGGGAAAACGCUUUGUUUUUGUUUGUAUUGUGUUUUUGAGUGUUUUCGAAAGCUAGUUGUUUUGUUGCAACUAAUUUCACAAGCCACCAGUUUUAAUUUCUUUCAAUCCAUAUGCAAAUGAUGUCUGGUAAUGCUUUUUCAAUACCCUCUUCCUUUGGAGGGUUUCCUCCUCAAGUUCAAGUUCAAGAACAAACUACCAACCCUACUGCUAAACCUAAUCCUAAUCCAGCUGCCAAAAAGAAGAGAAAUCUCCCAGGAACACCAGAUCCAGAUGCUGAGGUUAUUGCUCUUUCUCCCAAGACGCUCAUGGCGACCAACCGUUUCAUAUGUGAAAUAUGCAAUAAAGGGUUUCAAAGAGACCAGAAUUUACAGCUUCACAGAAGAGGUCACAAUCUUCCAUGGAAACUCAGACAAAGGACCAACAAAGAGGUUAAAAAGAAGGUUUAUAUUUGCCCAGAGAAGACCUGUAUUCACCAUGAUCCAUCAAGAGCUCUCGGUGACCUCACCGGUAUUAAAAAACAUUUCAGUAGAAAACAUGGAGAGAAGAAGUGGAAGUGUGAGAAAUGUUCCAAGAAAUAUGCAGUUCAAUCCGACUGGAAAGCUCACUCUAAAACUUGUGGUACUAGAGAAUAUAAAUGCGACUGUGGCACAUUAUUUUCCAGAAAAGAUAGCUUCAUUACCCACAGAGCUUUCUGUGACGCCUUAGCUGAAGAGAGUGCAAGGCUCACUUCAGUUGCAGCCACGAAUCUGAAUUUCAGAAAUGAUACCGUGAAUAUGUCUCAUGGAUUUGCCAACCAGGGACUACAAGCUGACGUUGCAGGAGUCUCCCAAUUUGGAUCUGGUUUUCGAUCCGAUUUGGCUACACCAGGUUUGUCUGAAAUGGUGCAAAUGGCAUCAGGUAAUCUAUUUGGCUCAUCUUCAAUGUCUAAUUUUGGAAGUCAGAACCAGCUUCAAGGAUUGGACAAGAGCAAUAUUGCAACAAGUUCAAAAAAUUCAAAUCUCUCUUUAUCAGCAAUCCCACAUGGACUAAAAGAAGAAAGAUCCUCUCUUUAUUCUGAUUCACAAAAUAAGCAAUCGAAACCAGUUGCGCCCAUGUCAGCCACUGCACUCUUGCAGAAAGCAGCUCAAAUGGGUUCUACAAGAAGCAAUCCACCACUCUUUGGAAACAGUUUCAAUAUCAUAACCUCAUCUUCUUCAAACACAAGCAACUUCAACUCUCUCAAUCAGAACAGAAGCGAACUGCAACAAGUCUUUCAAAACGUUAAGCAACCAGAUAAUAAUUUUUCGGGCACUGUGUCUUUAGCCAUGAGCGAUGGAGUAAUGGGUAGUUCAAGUUCAAAUUUGAAGCUGCAUCAAGGUUCAAAUCCAAUGGAGAAUAGUCUUACAAGAGAUUUCCUCGGCAUGGGUAGUGAUCAAUCUGGCCGUCCAUUUUUUUCACAAGAACUGGCAAAGUUUGCUUCAAUGGGUUCCCCAAUGGGUUUGAGCCAAUUCACCAGCAACCACUGAAGUCAAUUUCAUAUCGAACCCAUAUGUUAUUUUCACCCAAAUGCACCUAGCUCAUGUAAAAACGUCUCAAACAUGAAGCGCUAGCAAUCUAUAAAGCAACUUGUGAAUGAUGAGUGGGGCUCGGAGGUCGGGGCCAGUGCAUAUUUGAAGUGACAAAACAAUGAACGAACUCCAAGUCAUGCAUGUUCUCGUUGUUGUUCUCCUUGUUUGUUUCUUCUGUCUCAACUCUUUUAUCGUAUUUUGGUUUGGCCUUCUUUCGUUUUUUGAAAUUGAACAGCUAGCACGGAAAACUACGUGAUUUAAAUAUUA